AGCACAGCAAACAUGGCUACCUCCGUGAGGAAAGCAGCUCACGAUAUCGAAGCGCGAAAACGGACCGAAGACGUGAUUCUGUCGGAGGGCAUCGACUUCGGCUCCUUGCUGCUUUCUCAGCCCGUGUUGGACGGACUGUCCGCCGCGGGAUUUCAGAAGCCGUCUCCGAUCCAGCUCAAGGCGAUCCCGCUCGGCCGCUGCGGACUCGAUUUGAUUGUGCAGGCCAAGUCUGGGACAGGGAAGACAUGCGUGUUCUGCACCAUCGCCCUGGACUCUCUGGUCCUGGAGAAUCCUUCAACCCAGGUUCUUGUGCUGGCGCCGACACGUGAGAUAGCAGUGCAGAUCCACUCGGUGGUCAUGGCCAUAGGCUGUGCCAUGGAGGGCCUGGAGUGCCAUGUUUUCAUUGGCGGCAGGCCUGUGAGUCAGGACAAAGCCCACCUGAAGAAGUGUCAUGUAGCCGUGGGCUCACCUGGUCGCAUCAAGCAGCUUAUCGAGUUGGGCAUGUUGUCAACGGCCAGCAUCAGACUGUUUGUUCUGGACGAGGCAGACAAGCUGCUGGAGGAGGGCAGCUUCCAGGAACAGAUCAACUGGAUCUUCUCCUCGCUGCCUGUGAACAAACAGAUGCUCGCACUCUCCGCCACCUACCCAGAAUCCCUUGCUCAGCACCUCACCCGCUACAUGAGAGAGCCCACCUUUGUACGGCUAAAUCCAAGUGAUAUGGGCCUGAAAGGUCUGAAGCAGUAUUACAAGCUGGUCCAGUCCCAUCCGCUACCUCACAAGGUUUUUGAGGAGAAGGUGCAGCACUUGCUAGAGCUGUUUAGUAAAAUCCCCUUCAACCAAGCGCUGGUGUUUUCAAACCUACACACACGGGCUCAGCACCUGGCAGACAUCCUGUCCUCCAAAGGUCUGCCUGCUGUUUGCAUCUCUGGUGGUCUGAGUCAGGACCAGAGACUGGAGGCGAUGUCAAAACUGAAGCAGUACCAGUGCAGGGUGCUCAUCUCCACUGACCUGACUUCAAGAGGUAUCGAUGCAGAGAAGGUCAACUUGGUGAUAAACCUGGAUGUGCCGCAGGAUUGGGAAACCUACAUGCACAGAAUUGGACGAGCUGGACGUUUUGGCACUCAGGGACUGGCUGUGACCUACUGUUGCCAUGGCGAGGAGGAGAACAAGAUGAUGGCCAUCGCUCAGAAGUGUGGCCUUAGUUUGUCUGCGCUGCCAUCCACGAUAGAGCCCAGGUUGAUGGAUGAGCCGUGCGACUGGGAUGUCUGCACUGAAGCGUCCACUCCAGACCCGGUAUCCCGGCUGUUUCCCAGAGCAGAGAAGAAAAGACGUGCAAAGCCUGACGUCUCUGUGUCUGAUCGCUUUGAGGAUCGAGCUGCGGCGCCCGGCAGUCAAAGAACGCCAGAGAAGAAGCAUCCAACGCCCAGGCGAGAGGCGGUCUGUGAAGAGGAUGCUAGAAAGAUGUCUUCCACAGAGGACACUCUGCCUGCUCAGACACAGACUCGAAAAGAGCUCCAAGACAGUCUGCCGAAGAUCCCUCCUCUCAGCUCGUUUAAGAACUGCAGGUCAAAGUUCGUGACCUUUGAGGAGGCCGAGCGGGACUUCCAGGACUUCAUCACUACAGGUCCGGGGAGAUCGGUGGAGAUCAUCAGAGAGUUCAGAGGCAGAGAGGAUGGGUAUAAGGAGUAUCUUACACUUGAUGAUGAUGGAGCGCAAAUAUUUACACGAAACGUCGAACAGCUUAAAUCUAACCUUUCACCUCCGAGGUCCACCUCGGGUUCUUCCAGUUCUCAAUCUGACAUGGAAGAUGAUGCGACACUGGAAAGUUCAAACGAGACCACGGGAGCUGAGAACAGAGCUGUCACUACGCCUCAGAUUGCAAUGACACAUCCACCUUCUCCACCCACACAACAAGCAAGCCCCACCAAACCCAGGGCUUAUACUCCUGCUCCACUCAGACACUCUGACCAGACACUGUGUGCAACACGUGGGAGAGCUCCUCCCGACAGCCGGGAAUCUGCAUUGAGCAUUAAAUCAAGCAGGCGAACCAAUCAGACAGCUCCGGCCCCGGCACGCCGAGAAGAAUCAAAAAAGAUGAAAAAAGAGACUGAAAAACAGAAAGGAAAGAUGAAAAGGGACCAGAAGAGGGAAAAGAACGAAGGUUUCUCUGAAGAAGAGGACGAGUGGUGUGCUGAAACCUACUGGAGAGCCUGCUGCAGCGCCUGGAACGAGUACUACGCCUCCAUGUCCCCUUUUCAAGAGCAAGGCUACCAGAGCUACUAUAAUGUAGCCUCCAGCUGGAUGGCAGCUUAUCGUAUGAACGCCGUCUACAUGGAAGAGCUGAUGAAAAAAUGAGCUGUGGAUGCUGUGAACAGGCUUUUCUGUGUCUUUACUAUGCCACUUGAUUCAUAUUUGCACUUUGGCGAGUAUACGUUGCACUAUUUUUUUCCCCACAACAUGUUGGUGUCAUAAAUACUUUUCUAAUAAAUUACACAUUUUGUUUUUUCCCAGUCACGUUGUGAUAAAUAAAUGUUGUGCAGUACUGUGUUGGCCUCAUGCCUCCUCUCCUGACGCUCUGCCCUCUCAGACUCGCUGCUCUAAAAUGGAUUUGAAGAGGAUUACCUGGCAGUUCUUGACUACAUUAAAAACCAUUUCAAAGAUUAUCUUUAGUCCCUGGAGUAAAAGCACGUUAGACCCACCCAGGCCCCAAUCACCUGCAUUUAACUGUAAUCAUCUUAAUCGAUGUGUGUUCUUCAUAUUGGAGGGUGACUUACUCUCCCAAACGCUGUCGCAGUGAGUGAGUGUGCAGCUGCUUUAUUCUGUUUAAACGGGUCCUCAUGAAGUUACGUUUUGUUUGUAGGCACCAGUGCUGGCUGUGAUUGCUGUUGCCAUGGUGCCUGGUUUGUAUGACUUAUAGUCUUGAUCCCUCAUUUCUUUACAUCCUGCUAGAAAACCUGGAAAUAUGUGCAGUGGUGGAUAGAAAUAUAAAUGCAGCAUGUGAGACUGGAGAGUUAAUAUUUGCUGUGACCACCUUUAUUUUCCAGCACAGAAUGAACUCUCUUAAGCAACGAGGACUCUUCAGGAAAAGUUCUCCAGGCUUCUUGAAGGACAUUUGAAACUCUUCUUUGGUUGCUGGCUGUCCCUCUCUCUGCUCUCUGUUAAUCCCACACCAGGUCAGUGAUGUUGAGGCUGUGGGGAGGCCAUCCAUGACUGAUGGUGUUCACUGUGUGUGUGGUUCUUGUGUAAUCUGGCAUAGCUUUGCCUUCUCACUUGCCUUCUUGGCUUUUUGGUGUGA